AUGGGCCAAUCGCAGUCGCUCUCGCUGGUCGAGGCGUCGGAGCUGAUUCGCCAGCAGCUCUCUGCUGACGUGUUCGUCUCCCAUUUGCUCGCCGUGGAGCCGCACUCGUGGCGCCGCCCGCCCUUACCGCACAGCGGACUAAUAGUGUGCGAGGUAGAGGUGGAUGAGGGCGGAGUGCCUGUGGCUUCUUAUAAGGACUAUGUCCCCACUGAAAGACCUGGUCGCAGUCAGCAAUUCCUGCUGCAGCCAAUCACAUGCCAGAACGGGGCCAGCUGCCGGUUCUGCCGCUCCCAGGGCUUCUCUGCUGCAGGAGGAACGCUAGGAUCUCUCCCUCUCUCCUCCUCCCUCCCCUCCCUACAAACCUCCACCCAACCGGACCCUGCCACCGCCAAACCUAUCGCCUCCGAACCUGCCACCUCCGAACCUGAUGCCUCCGAACCUUCCUCUUCCAUUGCCAGCACCACCAAGGACAGUGCGGGAGUUAGAGGUUCGGUUGAGGAACAAAGUGGGGAUUCCUCUUCCUCCCCCAUAGACACUGACUCCCUCCCUCUCCUCUCCCUCCCUGAGUAUGUCUGUUCUCUGGGCUCGGACCCUUCUGUUCAAUUCGACCAUACAGCCCUCCCACCUGCCCUCCCACCUGCGACAUCUGGUAACCAGAAACAGCAGCAGCAGCAGCAGCAGCAGCAGGAGCAGCAGGAGCAGCAGCAACAGCAGCAGUGGACGAGCCUUGCAGGAGCAGCGAAUCGGUGCUUUGCGGUGAGGGCCAAUAAGAUGGCGCCACGUCUGCAGUACUGCCGAUGCCGCAGCCCCUGUAACGAGGGUGGGAGAUGCAACGGGGGAGGAGGAAGAAACGGAGUGAGUGGGAGCAGUAAUGGCAGAACUGCCGUACCUAGCAAGUUGCCAGACCAAUCUCCGAACCAGUUGCCGAACCAGAGCAGAAGGCCCGAAGCUUGCUGCGAUGUGGAGUGGGCCGUGGCUGUAGCUGCCAGGCUGGCACCCAAUCUGACGUGGACACAUGCCUCUGCCAGGUCACUAUCUGCUGUCGUGGCAUCUCUAUCUGUCCGGGAAGGGCUUGUAGCGGGUACCAGUGAUGUGACUGUAUCGAAUGGCAGCACGCCUAUUGAAAGUGUGACUAUAUUGAAGGCUGUGGAGCCUAUAGAGGCGGAAAAAGGGCCUCAGUUUAAUCACAGUGACUCUGACGGGGGGAGCUUUUCCUUUGGCACUAGUGGGGAGAGGGGAGAGGAGGGGAGGGAAGGAGAAGAGGGGAUGGAAGGAGUGAGGGGCGCAGAAGCAAGACGAGACAAACUCGCGGAUCAACUACCUGGGAAUGCACCUGAAAAAUCACCUGAGACUGAAGAGACUGGAGAGGAGGGAGGGGAGGUCAGGAUGGGGGGAGAGGUGGGUGGAGGUGGUGUGAUGGAGAAGAAUGGGAGGGCGGAGGGAGAGAGUAAGAGAGCGGCCAGUGAGGGAGAGAAGGUGGGUGAGGAAGCGAAAGUGAGUGAGGGAGAGGAGGUUGAGGAAGAGAAAGUGAGUGAGGGAGAGAAAGCGGGUGAGGGAGAGAAAGUGAGUGAGGGAGAGAAAGCGAGUGAGGGAGAGAAGGGAGAGAAGCCACAGAAGAGCUCGUCUUCAAAGCCUCCUCUUGCUCCCACUCCCUCCACACGAACAGCCACAGCCACUGCAGCAGCAGGAGCAGCAGCAGGGGCAGCAGCAGCUGAAGGUGCCAGUGACCUGGCUCCCAAAGCCCCCUCCCUUCGAAUCUGGGUGCCUGAGGAGGAGCAGCCGCAGGAGACGCAGCAGGAGCAGCAGAACUCGCAGCAGCAGCAGCAGCCACAUUUGCAGCAGCAGCAGGACCAGCAGCACGAGGAAAAGUCUGAUCUGCUACCCUUCCUAUCACCCUCCUCCUCCUCCCUUCCAUCCUCAUUCUUAGAACCCACCUCAUCCUCCUCCACCCUCCCCCAACUCACUCUGGACAACAUCUUUUGUCCUGUAGCGGCGCUCGUAUCCACUGCCGCCCAGUCUUCCAGCCAAUCAGGGACCACCCUCUUCUUCCUCUACCCCUCCGUCCCCUUCACUCUGGCUGGCGUGCUUCGGCACAGCCCCGAGGCGCUACGAGACGAGUUUGCCGCCCGGCUGGUCGCGUUUGGAUUCUUGCAGGGGGUGGCGGCGGCACAUGCCCUGGGGAUCUCCUGCGGGGCGGCAGUGCCGCCCAAUAUUGCGCUCGCGGCGAAUCUGUGGCCGCGGUUGAUGCUCGGUGGGGAUUUCUGGGGUGGGUUGGAUGGGGAGAAAGGGGGAAGAGGGGAGGGAUCAGGAGGGGUUGGUGAUGGUAAUAAGAAGAGAGGGGUUGGAAGACAGGAGAGAGGAGAAGAAGGGAGAGGAGGAAAAGGAGGAGAGGAAUGGAAAGGAGAGCAGACGGGGCAAGACGCGGAGGUGACUGCCACAGGAGACGAAGGCAAGCCGGAAGGCGGAGACACAGAAGACGAGCAGGAGGAGCGAUCAAGGAAGCUUCCUCCCCCGCAGCGUGCACUUGCCGCGAACCUUCCUUUCGGGGAUCUCCUGGGCAGGUGGAUGGCAUGGGAGAUCAGCAACCUGGAUUAUCUCCUGGAGCUCAACAGAAUAGCAGGGAGGAGGAGUGGGGACAGGGACUUUCACGCGGUUAUUCCGUGGGUGAUUGAUUUCACCGUGGCUCCGGUUGGUGUCACCGGGGGUGGUUCUUUCGAUCGUUCUGCCUCUGCUUCUGACGUCUCAGUGGUUGCUGUGGCUUCUGUGGCUCCCUCUGGGGCUCUCAAGGUUGAUACUGCUGCUCGUUUGCCAUCCACUGACCUGUCUGUCAGUGAUCCUAUGUCUGCUGAUAGAGCCAGCGAAAGCCUUCCUCCUCUUCCUCCUCCUGCUGCUGCUGCUGCCGCUGCUGCUGCUGCUGCUGCCGCUGCUGCUGCUGCCGCUACCAGUACUGCUAUCUCCUUCUCUUCUUCCUCCUCCUCCACAGCUGCACUCCGAGGCUGGCGGAACCUGCGCUUAACUAAGUGGCGGGCGGUAAAAGGCGACGAGCAGCUCGAUUUCACCUACUCCUCCGAAGUCCCACACCACGUGGCAGAAGAGUGUGUGUCUGACGUGGCAGUAUGCAUGUACUCGGCUAGAAAACUACCUCUGUGGAUAUUAAGGAGGGUGGUGAGAACGGUCUUUGAGCCUAAAGAGUAUCCUAGUACGAUGGGGAGAAUGUAUAGGUGGACUCCUGAUGAGACGCUGCCCGAGUUUUUUUUCGACCCUGCCCUGUUUCGGUCGCAGCAUGAGGGGCUGCCCGACCUGGCGCCUCCUGAUUGGAUGGAUGAUUUUGCGGGCAGUUUGGAAGGAGCAGAGGUGGAUGGAGAGAGAGGAGGAGAGAGAGGAGGGGAGAGAGGAGAAAAGGGAGAAGGAGUCAAAUUUGAAAGAGAUCUUUCUGGGACUUCAGAAUCUGCAGUCAUGAUGGACGGCGACGAUCUGAUCUUGCAAAUCAAAUCCGAUCGUGUCCACCGCUUCCUCGCCCUUCACCGGGCGGCGUUGGAGGGCGAUUUUGUUUCUUCUGAGCUGCACCACUGGAUCGACCUCACCUUUGGCUACUGCCUCGCUGGCGACGCGGCAUUGGCUGCCAAGAACGUGGUCCCGCCGCCGACCAAUGAGGAGGCGCCACGUGGGCAUGGGAGGUGCCAGCUGUUCGUGCAUCCUCACCCCCAGAGGGGCCCUAGACCAGCAGGGUUGAGUGGAGGGAGAGGAGGGGAUUGGGGAGGGUGGGAGAGAGGGGGAGGGAGAGGAGGAACGGGGUUGGGAGGAGGCGGAAGGCGCGAUCGAAGGGAAGGAGGGAGUAGCACUGCUUUGGACCAGCGAAACCCUGCUGGUUCCCCCGCUGCUGCUGCCGCCGUUGCUGCUGCCUCCCCGUCUGCUACCACUCCAUCUAGCCUCCCUUCUCCCUCUUUGUCCUCUCCCAGACCAUCCACACUUCCCACAUCACCCACCCCUCUUCCCUUAACCUCCCCUCGCUCCCCCUCCCCCUCCCCCUCCCCCUCCCCUUCCCCCUCCCCUUCCCCCUCCCCCUCAUCCCGCCCCCCUCUAUCAAUGUCACGCACACUCCAGCAAGUAGAGGACUUCUCCCGAUUCCUCGAAUCCACGCGCCACCUGUCACCCAUCUAUUGGCCGCCACCAGAGAUCCUUGCCCCGCCUCCUGUCUCCCCCAGGGUUUACCGGAGGGGGGGGAUUGGGUCUGCUAAUGCUGCUGCUGGUGUUGCUGCUGCUGGUGCCAUGGUUACAGCAAACAGACAUCAUAUGGGGCAGGAGGAGGAAGAAACGGACAAGCAAGGCCCAUCCUCAUCCUCGUCCUCUUCCUCAUCCUCCUGCUCCUGUUGGGCGGAAGAUAUUUUCGUGGCCGGCUGCGUGAUCGCGGAAAUUUUCCUCCGCCGCCCGCUUUUCGACCCGGACUCAGCACACGUCUUCGCCACGGUCGGCAGCCUGCCGCCCGCUUUCUACAACCUGCCGAGCUCCGUGCAACCGGUUAUCCGGGGGCUAGUAGACCGCAACCCCGCCCGCCGCCCGACCGCUGCUACAGUCCUCGCUUCGUCCUUUUUCAGUCCUGCCGUUCGGUCGGCCCACUCGUUCCUCGCUUCGCUGCACUCCCUCCCGUUCCCGAGCCAGCGGCUUGCGUUCACCGCGUCCCGAGCCAAGCAGGGAGGCUUGGGGACGAAGCUGCGGACGCACGCGAUCGGCCGGAGCAGCAGCAGCGGGCGGAACAGCCGGGAGCGAAUGGAGGGCUUGAGAGACCAGGAAGGGGGAGACGGGAGGGUGAUCCGCGAGGAGGAAGUGGCACUAUGGAUGUGCGCAUGCGAGGUGGUAACCCUGUUACAGCAACCAGCCCUGGAUCUCUCCGACCCUGCGGUUCAAUCCCACAUCACAGUGGUUCUGAACGGUUUGCUGCAUCCCACAAGGGGUCUCGGCCGGAGGGCGAUUGUGGCUCUGCUGGUGCCGCUGGCAGUGCGAGCAGUGGAAGCGAAUGAACCAAAGGGGUUGAAUGAGAUUGUGUUCGAUGAAGGGGUGGGUCCCAUGCAAUACGCCUCCCACAUUCACGACCUGUCUAUUGAUAUAGCUUCCAAGUUGGGAGAGAAGGCCUCGAGACGACACCUGGUGCCUAGGCUACAAGCAGCGCUAGCACACAUGAAGAUGACUUCCAAGUUGGGAGAGAAGGCUUUGAGACGUCACCUGGUGCCAAGGCUACAAGCAGCGCUAGCACACAUGAAGAUGAGUGAGGAGCAGCAACAGCAAGGGCAGCAGGGGGCAGGGGGGAGGAGAAGACGGUUGUUGGAUGUGGGAGGGGACGAGGAGAGGCGGGAGCUGCUGGCUGGUGUCCUCACAGGCGUAUACGACAUGUUUGCUAUGGACGAGGCCAACGAGUCAGGGCUUUCCCUUGACUCGACUAAUUCUGAGCCAGACCUUGGGUUUCCCACCGUUGAACCUUCUUCUGCUGCUGGUGCUUCUGCUGCCUCUCCUGCUUCACUGGCAGCAGACGCACCUGUAUCACCAACAGCAGCAGCAGCGGCAGCAGCAGCAACAGCGGCAGCAGCAGCAGCAGCGAAGCUAUUCGCAAUUCACACUCGUCUGGGCAUGGUAGCAGCGGCUCUCACCCCCUCUUCUCUGCUCUUAGACGGAUUCGGUUGGUCCCUUCCCAUGCCAACACUUAACAGGUCACCCUCUCACUCCCGUACAGUCAGCGCCAGCUCAUCAGCGGAAGAUUCCCGCAUGCUUUCGUCUGCUGGCGCCUCUGCUGCUGGCGGUCUCCCCACCACCGCUGCUGCAACCACCAGCCUAUCCCGGCUCGCCACGUCAGCCGAAUCUUUGCUCGAGACGCACCCGGGCAGCCCAGAGGAAAGUUCCUCCCUGCCCGAACCGCCCGAGCCGUGGUUCUGGCUGCCCGAAAAACGUUUAGAUGCCCCUCCGGAUGAGGAGGGGUGGGACGUGGGGAGGAGGCUUGGGGGAGGAGGGGGCGGGGCAGGGGGGAGUUCACCGCCUUCGUCUCUAGCAGCACACCUCCAGCAGCAGCAGCAGCAGCAGCGGGAGCAGCAGCAGCUGUACUCACACCACUCCUCCUCCACCCCUACCCUCUCCGCCGCUGCCGCUGCCGCUGCCGCCGCAGCAGGUGCAGCAGGAAACCCCCUCGCGUAUUUCUCCUCUUCCCCCCGCCUCGCCAUGCCUAUCGGCCAGCUUCCGGACCAGACCUCCUCUCUCGAUCCCGCUGCUACAUCCUCGAUCUUCUCCUCUUUCGCCGCCGCUACAGCCGGAGUGGCAAGCGGGAUCCCCGCCUCCCCUCGCAUGUCCUCCUCUCUCUUCUCCUACCAUCCCUUCUCCUCCCUCUCCUCCCUCUCAACCACUCCCAGAUCCCACCCCUCCCCACACUCCCUCUCCUCGUCCGCUCUCCCGGACCUCGCCGGGUCAGGCUCGGGAGACGGCUCGGCGGGAGGUUCGGGGAAGCCUGGGACGCCGAGGCAUGGGAGGGGGCGUAGCUUUAGCAGCCCCAUGACUGUGUGCCGAUACACCUCGCUGCUGUUCCUGGGGCCAGCAGGGGGGAACCGGCUCGUGGCCGGCACGUCAACAGGCUGCAUCCGGUGGGUUAUUCAUGUUUCUUGUGCUCUUCGUGUGCUGCAUGGGAGGGCGCGCAGCGUUAGCAGCCCCAUGACCGUGUGCCGAUACACCUCGCUGCUGUUCCUGGGGCCAGCAGGGGGGAACAGGCUCGUGGCCGGCACGUCCACAGGAUGCAUCCGGUGGGUGCCUAGUGUGUCUUGUGUUUCUCCUGUGUCUUGCGUGUCUUCUCUGCUCUUCCUGGGGCCAGCAGGGGGGAACAGGCUCGUGGCCGGCACGUCCACAGGAUGCAUCCGCCUCGUGGACAUGUGUGCGGGGCGCCUGCUCUCCCUCUGGCAAGCUGCUGACAUGGCAGCAGUGGAGAGAGUGGUGGCUCACACGCAAGGCAUCACAGCAAUGGUUGCUCUCACGCCCACCAUGCUCACGCCUUCAUCUGGGGGAGGUACAUCUGGAGCAGGCGGAGGGCUGGGCGGCGUUGGCGCGGAUUUAAUGCCGCCCAGCAUGACGCUGGGUCGGGUGGUGAUGACGGCAGCGGGGAGUCAUAUUGGCGUGACGAAUCUUAACUCCGACCUCAGGAAGCUUGCCGUCAACUUGAUUCCGUUCCCUCGUUUGCAUUUCUUCAUGGUUGGAUUCGCUCCUCUGACUUCUCGGGGUUCCCAGCAGUACAGGUCAUUGACGGUUCCUGAGCUCACUCAGCAGAUGUGGGAUGCGAAGAACAUGAUGUGCGCUGCAGAUCCACGCCAUGGUCGCUACUUGACUGCUUCAGCAGUGUUCAGGGGAAAAGUCAGCACGAAGGAGGUUGACGAACAGAUGCUGAAUAUUCAGAACAAGACCUCCUCGUACUUUGUGGAGUGGAUCCCCAACAACGUGAAGUCGAGUGUGUGCGACGUAGCUCCUACGGGACUAAAGAUGUCAUCCACGUUUAUUGGGAACUCCACCUCGAUCCAAGAAAUGUUCAAGAGGGUUGGUGAGCAGUUCACGGCCAUGUUCAGGAGGAAGGCCUUCUUGCAUUGGUACACAGGCGAAGGCAUGGAUGAGAUGGAGUUCACGGAAGCAGAGAGCAACAUGAACGACCUGGUUUCCGAGUACCAGCAGUAUCAGGAGGCGACGCUGGAUGAUACUCCUCUGGAUGAGGAAGAGCGUGAGUUUGAUGAUGCUUGA